CCUGACACUCAGAGGUCCACUCUGUCACUGCCUCUUCUUAACUCAGGUGCUGUGGACAUACUAAAACACAGCCAUUUUUACCACCUAAACACCCACCACCAUGGUCUCCUGGUCAACAGAUGCAGUGGUUGUCUUAAGUCUUCUCUCUAGACUGCUCAUCAUGGAAUCUGCCUAUGGACUGCAGUUUCCACUUCCUAAGAUAGGUGGUUGUUUCCAGGUUCAUCCAGAGCUUAAGAAGUUCCAUGUGCAGGGUGAAGCCGUGGUCCUGAGCUGCAAUUCUUUUGAGAGAGUCCUUCAGAAACAAUUCUUCCAAAAAAAAGUGGAGUAUGUCAUCACCAAGGUCAACAGGACAAGGGGCGUUGACGCUGAGGAAAAGGAAGAAGGGCGGGUCCUGCAGCGCGAGCGACAACUCUGGUUGCUUCCCGCUCGUACCUCAGACUCAGGAGAGUACUCGUGCAUUUACAGAAAUGAAACACUAUGUGUAACUGGAAGUGUCACUCUACAAGUUUAUGAGACCAAGCAAACUGGUAUGGAGAAAUUGUCCUACCUCUUCAGUACCAGAACAGGCCAAAACGUCUCAAUCUUCUGUCCUCAAUUAAGGGACUUCAACUGGACUGAUGAAAUAAAGUGGUAUAAGGACUCCAGCUUGACAGCGCUUCCUAUUGGCAGUGGCUUCUACCACAAGCAGAGCAGGAACCGAAUACUCAUCUCAGACGUGAGCCGCGCAGAUCAGGGCCACUACACCUGUCAGCUCAGAGUCCACAUCAACAACCACCACUACAAAGUCAGCAGGACCAUCAAGCUCAAUGUAAAAGUGCCUGAACCAGUUCCAAACACAGAGCCUACUGGGCGUAACCCUGACACCACAGUAACCGCUAAUCCAAAGCCUAGUCUCAGCACUGUGGAAUCCCCUGCAGUUCAAGGUCCCAAGAUUUUGGCCCCUGUUAAUGGAACGAUCUUUGAAAGUCCAUUGGGCUCUUCUUUGGACAUAUCCUGCCUGGUUUUCACAGGGAGUCAGUCAGCUGAUACCACAGUGGUCAAAUGGCUAGUGAAUGGCCAAUCAGUGGAGUCGUCCUAUCUAGGUAGACGGGCUCUGAUGAGUAAGAGGGUAACCACAGUGGCUGGGAGUAAUUACGCCGAUGUGAAGUUGUACAUUUUCGAGCUGUUUCAAGAGGACACCAGGGUGGAACUGAAGUGUGUCAGUCAAAACCAGGGAGGAAGACAGGAGGUCAUUGCACAGUUCAGAAUUGAAGCUAUGGAUUUAAGUCACAUGUGGUUCUACUUCUUCUCCAUUUUCUGUCUCACUGGCAGCUCCAGGGCAGUAGGAGAAUUCUGUAAGGACUACGGAGAAGAAUUUGAUAGGGUCUUUUCAGUCCCUGGUGAUGCUGCCAUGUUAAAUUGCACCCUGCGGGCACCAAAUGUCUUCAACUACACCAUCGUCCCCUAUAACAUCUCAUGGUACAACUCAAAAACAUGGAGAGAGCUGACAAGGGAGAAGGGAAAGGUUGUUGUGCAGGGGACAACAUUGUGGAUUUUUAACAUUGAGAUGGAAGACGCUGGGUACUACGUGUGUAUUAUAAGAACACCUUAUGGUUGCUUCAAGCAGUCAAACAUACUGAUUGUGAACCAGACCAUCCCAGACAAAUGUGGUCGUCCUUAUACCACAGAACAGGUACUGACAAACAAGGCCAAUGAUAAACUGUCCUGCCCAUUGACUCAGCACAUCAGGAUAGUGGACAACUACACCAUCCAGUGGUACAAGGACUGCAAACCCAUUAAAAACAGCAACCCACAGAGGGGCAGGUUUAUGACGUAUGAAGAGAAACUUUUAAUAAAGGAUGUCUGCCCAGAGGACAAUGGGUCCUACACCUGCACCAUGACCUUUAACCUGGAAGGACAUAGAGGCAGGAUUUCAGAGACUAUAGAUGGUGCAGUGAAAAUGUUGUACAGCCUGGAUCCCUUAGUAGAUGAACCUCUCAAUGAUAGCGUCAAAGCUGAUUUGGGUUUUCCCCUGAGGAAGAAGUGUCGGGCAUUUGUUCCAGGUUUGGGGGAACAUACGGAGACUCUUAUCUGGAUGGCUGAAUGGACAUUUAUUUCUGAAAACAACUCAUAUGACAUCUAUCAGGAACCACAAAUUGAGAGGAGAGACAAGGAAGGUGUUUGGUUGGAGCGUCUUUUGAAUUUUCCAGUGGUGAAAGAGGAAUAUCUUUACAUCAACUACACGUGUCAUGUCUGGAGCUACAGAGAAUAUCGUUCAGCAUACUUCACACUACUGCCUACAGAUUCAAAAAACCUGCUCCCUAUUUGGAUUCUACUAACCGGUCUGUUGAUGUUUACUGGUAGUGCAUUUAUCUAUCGUCGCUUCAAAAUUGACAUUGUGCUGAUGUUUAGGAGGAUGUUCCCGUUUCUCUACACAAACACAGACUCUGAUGGGAAGGUAUAUGACGCAUACGUCACAUACACAAGCCUGUUUGGGGGUGAGGUCAGUGGUGAGGCAGAAAUGUUUGCCCUCCAUAUGUUGCCCCAGUUCCUGGAGGGGAAGUGUGGCUACAAGCUUUUCAUCCUGGGCCGGGACAGCCUACCAGGGCAAGCCAUAGUCGAUGCUGUAGAGGAGAGCAUUCAGGCAAGUCGGCGCCUCAUCCUGGUCUACUCUGGUACUACAUUCUGUAGUAGAGGCCACAGUGACAAAGACAGUCCCGUGGAAGCGUGGCAGAGCUUCGAGCGGGAAACGGCCAUGCACCGUACUCUUCUAGAAGGCUCCCUGCAAGUGAUCCUGGUGGAGUUGGAAGAGAUUACUCCCACACAGCUGGCCUUUUUCCCUGAGUCGGUGCUCCACCUCCGGAGGCGCCAGGGCGCUAUCUGCUGGUGGAAGAGCAGCAGGGUGAGGCGGAACAGAGGGUUAAAAUGUGGGGGAUGUAGAGAAGUGAAUGAGGGGGAGGACAGGAGAGGGGAAGUGGCAUCGGCCUCUGUCUUCUCACCCUCUCUCUCUUCAUCCUCACGCUUCUGGAAGGAACUGAGGUAUUAUAUGCCUGUGAGAGGCAAGAGGAUGAGCUGCCCUGAGAAAAACAGCCUACUGAUUUUGUGAUUGAACGGACGGGCUGCUGGGCAAGAUUGGAAUUUUGUGGCCUUAAGGACACUCAGGACACUAAGGACUCCCAGGAUGCCUGGACACCCAGGACACUAAGAACAAUCAAGCAAAAUUACAUUACUCCUAAACAAAAAAAAAAAACAAGAAAUGACUGUAGAAAAGCAAUUUAAUAAAGCUUGUGGCCUCAUGCCUUAGUGACUAAGAAGUGAUGGCCAACCUCUUCUCCUA